GUGCAUCGGCGAGGCAUGACGGAGACGACGACGACGGCGGCGGCGGCGACGAUGUUGACGGAAUUCGAGGAGAGCGUGUCCUUCGACGCGGACGAUCCGGACUUCGCGCCCGCGCCGAACGCGGCGCGGAACGUCCUCCGCGACGCGCGUCGCCUCGCGGACACCGAAUACGACGCUGGCAAAGUAUCCAUUUACCAGUGCAACAUGUCGGUCACUUCCGUGCAACCGGCCGCCACCGAGAGCCUCUCCCGCCACGGGAGCAACGUCUCGUUAUCCCGCCACAGCCUGUGCGGCAGCGUGGACGACGGUCUGCAGGGCUCGCAUCCGCAGUACCAGGAUACGAUCCUCACGAUCGAGGAGCUGCGCGCUCAGCUCAACUCCUGCUUUACAUGCGGGGUGUCGUGGAGCGAGGAGCACGUCUCCCUGGACUGCAGCGAGUGCGGGGGCUACUCCCUGCAACGGCCGUGCCCGCUCUGUGACGGCCGUUGCCACACCGUGUGGAAGCGCGACCUCACCAUGUCCCAUGCCAGUGGUAAGGCGAGAUGGAUCGGUGAGUGCGGGUUGAGCUGCGGACCCUCCCUGGAGGAAUCGCUGGUGCCCGCGUUGGAGAAGCUGCGGGCCACCUCUUGAAUGGCAUCGGCCCGAGCACCGCCAACCAUGCACAAGACUUAAUCCAUCACCAUCCAUCUAGCGUCACUCACCACCAUCGCGUGCGAGACCCAAGAGAGCAGGAGAGAGAGAGAGAGAGAGAGAGAGAGAGAGAGAACGAGCGAGAGAAAGAGAGAAAAGAAACGUAUGAAUGUGAACCGUGGAUGAUAUGCAUUAUGUUCCUGAGAAGGGCGGCCGACUAGGGAAAGGAGGACCUGUUUUUCGGGCCCUUCCUCGUGGCUUAUUCCCCGAAGAUACAAAGCCGUACCCAGCUGGUCCCUCGACACCAGAGACCACCGUCGUCGUCAUUAUCGUCUUUUAGACGAAAGUACAAAGCUACGCGAUCGACGUUCGAACUCUACAAAGAAUUCCUACGUUAUACCGAAUGAUUAACUACAUUGUAGCAAACUAGCUUGAAUACUGUACCGAGAACGAAUACCAUUUUACUUUCAAAAGAUUGUGCGCCGAUUCAUUGUGCCGUGAAGGUUCAUUUCUAUUUCUUUUUUAACUGUUUCUGGUCGGAAUUAUACUAACAAAUUUUAUUAGGAAACAGAAUUCCGUGUGUUUUGUACAACUUCUUGUCAUUGGUAUGAAAUUAUUGGUUCGAAAAAAGCUUCUUUACAAAAUGGACUUUGCAAAGAGGAGAAAUAGAUAAUUUGUCAGAGAGGAAUCUUUCUGUUCGAGAAUAUGUUGUGUAUCCACGAAGCAGACUUGACUGUUCUUUGAAACUUUUAGAUUGCAGAUCUUAAAUUUAGUGUAGAAAUGUAUGAUGAAGCGUGUAAGAAAAACAGAAGUGAAUUUUUUGUAACAUGCUCUGACAAUUUUCCUUUCAAUUUAUUCAGUCUUAUAAACAUUUUUUCCAGUUUGUGUAUAAAAUUUGAGAGGUGAAACUUCACGCGAAAAAAAUAAGAGAGUAUAAUCUCAGAGUUUAUGUUUUAGUCACGAACGCAGCAUUUUUCUUUUAGACUUGAUUAGCAUUAUACGAAUUAUAUUUUGGAAUUACAACAACCAAUGUCGUCGCGCAAAGUAUCUUUGGUAGUCGUGGUUCUGAAAUAGUUUUAUUUAGUUUGGCCAUUGUAAUAAUUUGUCUUAAAUUAUUUGCCACUCGUAUACUUAUGACAGAAUUAAAUCUUUCGAUGCAAUUUCCGCCUCGAGUACCUGAAUCGGUUAGUUUAGAAAACGGCAUAAGCCCAUAUUUUUCCCAAAUUAAAACAGCCAAAAGAGUUUUUUACAAAAACGUUCUAAAGAUUUUUACCUUGUGCGUGUAAAUAAUAUAAUGUCUUUAUCGCAUUAUUAAUUGUCAUUUAAAGGCGAUCUUUAUACGUAUUUUACAAACAACGCUACAUAUAUGUUACGAAAUAAUUUUAAUUUCUAGACUCAAAGCAUUAAAAAAAAUAACCGAUUCAAUUGCGGAAAAUUCAAUUUCUUAUCGAUUAUUACGAGUGUUUUCGAUUUUUGUAUCAACCAAAAUUGCCAUAGCAUUUGUUCGUAGCACAAGAUUCGCGCGACAUAGCAAACGUCGCGACUUCGGAGAACGUUUAAUGACGACAGCUUAAAUCUUCGGUCGUUCCUACAACAAUGUGAGAGAAGCCCGAUCUUCACUUUACUUUUUUUACGUAACGAAAGUUACACCUCGGCCUCUCUGUCGCGUGAAGGAGCGCGAGUUUGCAUUACGCGAAUCCUAGGAUAAUUUAUUAGGCGACAAUUUAAUCGAUCGAGCGAUCUGAAUGCGAGAAGCCUGUUUUUCGGGUCUUUCACACGAGAGCACGACGUAUCGAUUUCGUAGGUAAAUAAUUAUUCGGUAUCCCUCGCUUUUAAUUGUCACAACUGUAUCAUCGGCGAAAUAAUUCCGAGCUUGCGACUGUAUACGAUAAAAAUUUAGUCAAAGUUUUGCCUCUCUAGCGAGGAUUUAGUGUUAACGUGACGUGAUUCAAUCGUCAUAGUUCUAAGAAUCGAUAGGCAAUCGGUGUGUUACGAAUUCGAGAGAAAGAUUAUUUCCACGAAAGCACAAUUAGAAAGUUUAUCGUUCGAAGCGUUAUUGUACAUCAAAAUUGGUACGGCGAGAAGAAAACUGAAAAGGGUACAACACAGUUGUACCGCGAUGGAAAAUUACACGAAUCUCCCUGGGUCUAUGAGAGUUUAAAGAGUCGGUUGUAUUUAUAGCGUUUCUUGACAAAGAUACGUCUUGCUCGUUUUAAAUCGUCCGCUUUCUUGCCGAGUUUUUCUGCCAAGCGGUUGGAAGAAUAGCUCGACUUUAAGUGCGUGAGAAUGUCUCGUUGAAUGCGGUUCAACAAUUGUAUACUCGGCACAAAGAAAGUUGCGAGUGCCUAGAUCAAAUACUUAAACGAAUAGCUAUCCGAACAAUCAAACUCAAAGUUACACAAUUUAAUCUUUGUCGACAGAACGCAGUUUUAUUGAAUUCAUAAUUUAUACAUACGAAAUCCGAUGCGCAUAUAUCCUAUUAUUAUUACUAUGGCGCUUGCAGACAUUUUUGUGCCGAGUCAUUUUGAAAAGCAUUUACGUCGUGCCAAUGACUUUUUCGGACUUUUACUAUUGUUUUAUAAGAAUCCCGCGUGCCGAAGCCUUUCUUAGCGAGAUGUAGGAACAAAAGGAUGUUUUCGGACGUUUACCGAUUUUCCUUUCGGUAGCGUAUAUACUAUAUAUAUUACGAAUGCGAGUAUACAUGCUCAUCAAAACACAUCCUCAUUUAUUAAAUUAAACCGUAAUGUGUAAAAAUUGUCUGGAGUAUUAGCUCGCGGUGAGCUUUAGUUUAAUGCUUUAGAAAGAGUCCUCGGUAGUAGUUUUUAUUUAAUCUGCGAACUUCUUAUUUAUGACGAAUACUGCAAAAGUAUGGGUUUAAUAAAUACUUGCAAAAAAUC